UUUAUUGUUCCUCGGAGUAAUUUUGUAACAAAAAAAAAAGAAAAUAAUAACAAAAUACUUUUUUUUUUCUAUAAAUUUUACUGUUGAUUCGAUGUUUUAAAAACACAUUUUAUGAUAGUGAAUAAAUAUAGUUGACAAUACGUAAGUGAUUAUUUUUUCUUGAUAAAUUGCUCCCGAGCUGUCAAACUUUGAGGUUACGUUCAUUAUGGAUAAUCCAAAUAAGGAGGAUCAAAGUCAAGAUGAAUCCGAUUCCGAAGUGGAUGAAAUUGAACCACGUCUCAAAUAUGUGAGAAUGAGAAAUCAUUUGGAAAAUAUUCUUCAAAGAGAUGCCGCAAGUUGCAUUGCAGUUCAUCCAAAAUUUUUGUGCAUUGGCUCACAUUGGGGCGCAAUUCAUUUAUUGGAUCAUCAAGGAAAUGCCGUGGAAUUUAAAACAUUUCAAGCGCAUUCAGUUGCAGUGAAUCAAAUUUCAAUUGAUCAAAAUGGCGAUUAUAUUGCAUCGUGCAGCGAUGAUGGCCGUGUUUUUAUUAUUAGCCUUUAUAAUUCAGAGAAUACACAAAAUAUGUGUACAGGACGUUUAGUUAAAUGCAUUGCAAUUGAUCCAAAUUAUUAUAAAACUAAUAAUACCAAACGAUUUAUAACUGGUGAUGAUAAAUUGUCGCUCUAUGAAAAAAGUUUUUUAUCACGAAUGAAGCCAACAAUUCUUUGCGAAGCUGAAGGCGGUGUACUUGCAACAGCUUGGACGGGACAAUUUGUUGCUUGGGCAUCAACAACGGGCGUUCGUGUUUAUGAUUUAAAUAGUCGUUGUUCCCUGGGACUUUUUACAUGGCCACGAUCACCAGAAAUCAUUCCAGAACAUUAUCGUUGCAAUUUACGUUGGUCGGACGAUAGAACACUUUUGAUUGGUUGGGUGGAUACAGUGAGAAUUUGUCAAAUUAAAAAACGUUCCUCAUUGGAAAUGGCAAAUCGUGAUUUACCCGAAUACGUCGUCGAUCCGGUUUCAACAUUUCAAGUUGAUUUCUAUAUAUCGGGCAUUGCGCCCUUAGAAAAUCAACUUGUUCUUCUUGGUUGUUCAAAAAUUCUCGAUGAUGAGGGCAAAAGUUUACGACCAACAUUACAUAUUGUCGAACCAAAAUAUCAAGAUUUUAUCACAAUUUGUGUGAAUUCUUUAACACUUCGCGGUUACAAGGAAUAUAGUUGUAACGAUUAUCAUUUGGAUUGUCUCAUUGAAGAAAAUAGGUUUUUCAUUGUCAGUCCAAAAGAUUUAGUUGUCGCAAGUCUUUAUGACGCUGACGAUCGUAUUCAAUGGCUAUUGGAGCAUAGAAAAUUUGAAAAAGCCCUCGAGGCAGUUACAAUAAAUAAUGGUAAAGAUUGUAAACAUACGCAAACUGAUGUCGGACGAGUUUAUUUAGAUCAUUUAUUGGCGUGUGAAAAAUAUGAAAAAGCCGGUAAACUUUGUCUCACAAUUCUUGGACAAAAUAAAAAACUCUGGGAAGAAGAGGUUUAUAAAUUUGCCCGCGUACAUCAAUUACGUUCAAUAUCCGCCUAUUUACCACGUGGCGAUAUAACUCUUGAUCCAUUAAUUUAUGAAAUGGUACUCUAUGAAUAUUUAAAAAUUGAUCCAAAUGGAUUUUUACAAUUAGUUAAAGAAUGGUCACCAAAACUCUAUACAGUCACGGCAGUUGUUAAUGGUGUUUUAGAACAUUUAUUAAUAAAUAAUAAUAAUAAUGCAAGAAAAAAUGUUCUUCUUGAAGCAUUGGCAAUACUUUAUAGUCACGAUGGUAAAUAUGAUAAAGCAUUGGCAAUGUAUUUAAAAUUACGACAUAAAGAUGUAUUUCAAUUAAUACAAAAACAUCAACUUUAUAAUGCCGUUUACGAUAUGAUUGAGGGUUUAAUGGAUCUUGAUGCUGAGCGUGCAAUACAAUUUUUUCUUGAUAAAGAACGUGUACCGGCUGAUAUUUGUGUACAAAAAUUACAAAAUAAUCAUCGCUAUCUUUAUAUGUAUUUAGAUGCAUUGGAUAAAAAAGAUACGAAAGAUUCAAAGGGUAAAUAUCAUGGAUUACUUGUACGACUUUAUGCUGAUUAUUCGCGUGAUAAAUUACUUCCAUUAUUGAGACGUUCGGAUAAUUAUCCAAUACAACAGGCAUUAGAUAUUUGUAGUCAACGGCAAUUUUAUCCUGAAAUGGUAUUUUUAUUGGGAAGAAUUGGAAAUACAUCGGAAGCAUUGGCAUUAAUGACACGUGAAUUAAAUGAUAUGGAAAGUGCAAUUGCAUUUUGUCAAGAGCAUGACGAUGAGGAAUUAUGGAAUGAUCUUAUUAAUUAUUCAUUGGAUAAACCAGAGGCAAUAACGUUUCUUUUGCAAAAAAUUGGAACAUACGUUGAUCCAAGAUUAAUGGUACAGAGAAUAGAGCCAUCAUUAGAAAUUCCUGGUUUAAAAAAAGCAUUAGUUAAAAUGAUGUGCGAUUAUAAUCUUCAGGUAUCAGUUCAAGAGGGUUGUAAAAAAAUUCUCGCUAAUGAUUAUUUUAAUUUACACGAAAGACUUGUAAGAUGUCAUGAAAAGGGAAUUUUCGUUGACGAUGAUCAAAUAUGUGGUGCGUGUAAUAGAAAAAUAAUCAUAAGAGAACCCAAAAAUCUAGUCACAUUUUAUUGUAAGCACUCGUUUCAUGAAGACUGCUUGCCAAAUUUGGAAGUUGUGGACAAUUGUGUUAUCUGUAAUCCUCAGAAGGAAACAAAUCUUGGCAAAUGAUGAAGACACUGCAAUUUUUCAGUGACAGAGCCAAUAAUUUUUGUGCCACAAUGAAAUCCAUUGAGUUUCAUUGUUAAAAUGGAAUUAAUAAGAAAAUCAUGGCCUUGAUGACCAAUUUUUUCAAUGGCAAUUAAAUAAGUGCCGAG